UUCUGGGUGUUGAGUUAAUCAUGCUGAGGAUGAUGGGAAGAUGCCUGAUGUUCAUUUUACUGUCUGCAGUUGUAAUACUCAUCACAGCUGACCGUGUGAAUGUGAGGUUGGUUGGUGGUCACAGUCGCUGUGCUGGUAGAGUGGAGGUUCUUCACAGAGGUCAGUGGGGAACAGUGUGUGAUGUUGCCUGGGAUUUGGCUGAUGCUGCAAUGGUUUGUAAAGAGCUGGACUGUGGAGAACCUGUAGAUGUUUUGGGGAAUGCCCACUUUGGACAAGGAUCAGGGCCAAUCUGGAUGAAUUUUGUCAGAUGUGUUGGUUCAGAAUCCACACUGAAGGACUGUGUAUCAGGAGGAUGGGAACAAAGUUACUGUGAUCAUGCUAAAGAUGCUGGAGUCAUCUGCUCAGAAGUCAGACUGGUUGGAGGUUCUCGCUGCUCCGGGAGGUUAGAGAUACUUUAUGAUCAGUCGUGGAUGUCAGUGUGUGAUGCUGUCUUUGACCAGCAGGAUGCAGAGGUUGUGUGUAGAGAGCUGGAGUCAUAA